AUGACAAAUGUUCUUCCGGUCGCAAUUGUCACUGGUGCUUCAAGAGGUAUUGGAAAAUCUAUAGUCAAUAGAUUGUCAAGGGAGGGCAUAAGCUGUAUUGCCAUAGCUUCUUCCAAGAAGAGCAUCGAAGGGAUUAAACUUGAUGACCCACUAAUGCUUAUACACGAGAAACAAAGACAUCGCUCGCUAGCAAUAGAUCUAAGUCAAUGGCCGCAAUGGACCGCAAGCGAGAAGCACUUCGGCAUAGAUUACCACGAGAACAAGUCCGGCUACUUUCCAUUAUAUGACAUGUGGAAGGAUAGUGAUACAAUUUAUCAACCCACUCUUUUAGUCAACUGCGCUGGAAUCACACAGCAGUCCCUAAGUGUUAGAACAGAUGUCGACACAAUUACGAAAUUAAUGAACGUGAACUUCAUGAGCAGCGUAAGCCUAACUAAUAUGACUCUGAAACAGAUGAUCAAGAAUCGCAAACGAACUCGCGCUGACACACGCACGAAUCGGCCCUGCAUAAUCAACAUUUGUUCCGUUCUUGCCACGUCUGACCUCACAGUUCCAGGGACCUCAGUAUACGCAGCAUCAAAGGCUGCAUUGUCCCAAUACACCAAAGUAGUGGCGCAAGAGGUAAACCCCUGCAACAUCGCUAUCGUAUCAAUCUCACCCGGCCUAGUCCCUGCCACAGAUAUGCUCAAAGGCUUAGAAUGCGAUGGGCAAUCGCACCUUCAGAAGCUCGCCAGCACUUUCGGUACAUGUACCCCAGAGCAAAUAGCGUCACAGGUCUGGGAUAUAUACAAUUCCACAGAGUAA